CGGAGCGGCCGCAAGGCCCGGGACAGUGCCCUCUCGCUGCCUGCCUUUGGGGUUCAGCUCGUCAAGGGAAGAAGUUGGGGAAAUCGGAGGCGACGUGGGGAGACGUCCUGAAAUCAUGGAACUGCAUUAAAGAAAAAAAGGCAGUACUUGAAGCCUUGACAAAUGCAUCCCAGGUUGAAAAACUGCUACAAUCCUCUUCCUCCUCCUCCUUUAGAAAAUUGACUUCCUAGAAGAGGUAAGAGAGAAGCAAAAGUAAGAAAAUGCUGGGGUCAGAACGAGGUGUUGUGGAAGAAUGGCUUUCAGAAUUCAAGGCUUUACCUGAAACACAGAUUUCAAGCUAUGCAGCUACAUUGCACCGAAAAAAACCACUGGUACCAGCUCUUUAUAAAGUCAUUCAAGAUCCAAAUAAUGAGCUCCUGGAGCCUGUUUGCCACCAGCUGUUUGAACUUUAUCGUAGUUCUGAAGUUCGGCUCAAGAGAUUCACGCUGCAGUUCUUGCCAGAGUUGAUCUGGGUAUAUCUGCGUCUCACUGCCAGCAGGGACAGGCAGAGUAACGGUUGCAUUGAAGCACUGCUACUUGGCAUCUACAACUUGGAAAUUGCUGACAAAGAUGGAAACAACAAAGUUUUGUCUUUCACUAUCCCUUCAUUAUCUAAACCUUCAAUAUAUCAUGAGCCCUCUACUAUUGGAUCCAUGGCGUUAACUGAAGGAGCUCUGUGUCAGCAUGAUCUCAUCAGGGUAGUUUACAGUGAUCUUCAUCCUCAGAGAGAAACCUUCACAGCACAGAAUCGGUUUGAGGUGCUGAGCUUUCUUAUGCUGUGCUACAAUUCUGCUAUUGUCUAUAUGCCUGCCUCUUCUUACCAGUCACUUUGUGGGAUGGGUUCCAGACUCUGUGUGAGUGGAUUUCCACGGCAGCAUGAGAAACGCUGGAAAGAACACUGUGGUAGAGUGGUGUUAGAUCCUGAUUUCAUGGUGCAGCUGCUCACAGGUGUCUAUUAUGCCAUAUAUAAUGGUCAGUGGGAUCUUGGCCAGGAGGUAUUGGAGGACAUAAUUUACAGAGCACAGCUUGAACUCUACUCACAGCCUCUGCUGGUGGCAAAUGCCAUGAAGAACUCCCUGCCCUUUGAUGCUCCUGACACAUCACAAGAAGGCCAGAAGGUACUGAAAGUAGAAGUUACUCCGACAGUGCCAAGGAUUUCCCGAACUGCUAUUACAACAGCUUCUAUCCGUCGUCAUCGCUGGAGGAGAGAAGAUGGCUUUGACUUCUCAAACGAGGCUGACUCAAGCAUACCUGGCUCACCGAUCCAACACGGCUCCACAGACCUAGGGAUCAAACAUGAGCAAGAGGGGGAGGUGCUGAUGCGCAGGACCCCUGAGCAUGGCUUCCUGGAGCCCGCCUUGGCAGCAGCCACAACAGAGGAUGCUGAAGGUGUAAAUGGAAGAGAGGAAUCUGUGAACCUUAAUGAUGCUGAUGAAGGAUUUUCAUCAGGAGCUUCCCUCAGCAGCCAGCCAGCUGGGACCAAGCCUCUAUCAUCUGUGUCCCAGAAGGGCAGCUUAAGGAAAACAGCAAAUGGGCAUUCUGCUAAGGAUAAAGAAACCUCUUCUGCAGCAAAAUCCAAUGAGAGCCCUCGAGAUUCAGUAGCUCGGAAGCAGUACAUGCACCAAUCUGCUGACCUUGGUGCAGAUAUAAUUGAGAUGACACCUACUAAGAAACACCUCAGCCUGCCUGCUGGGCAGGUGGUGCCAAAAGCCAACAGUUUGAGCCUGAUCAGAACUGCCAGUUCUUCCUCCAGUAAAUCAUUUGACUAUGUCAAUGGCAGUCAAGCAGGUUCGAGUGUUGGAGCUGGUACAGAGGGUGUUACCAAUCUAGCAGCUGGCAACACCAAUCGAUUUUCAACUAUCAGCCUACAGGAGGACCGUCUAGGCCAAGCUGGGGAAGGUAAAGAUCUCCUUCCCCCAGUAGCUCCCCUAACAAAGCAGUCUCGAUCUCCAAGUUUUAAUAUGCAACUGAUAUCCCAGGUCUAACUCUGACUUCCUUCCUUCGGACUUGCUCUUUCCUCUUUAUCCCCAGGCAAGUUCAUCUUUUGUCAAAGUAUGAACUAUCAUCCCACAGUGUGAAAAUAGUGACUGUUGUGAUCUUGUUUGAUUUGGUUUAGCGAUCAUAUUGUAUUACUGAAACAGCAAUAAUUCCUCCCUCACGUUCAUCUUCCCUCCCACCUCAUAAAAAUGGUCGUGAAGCAGUAUAUAAUGUACUGUAUGCCUUUUUCCAUGCCUUCCUUUCUCCUUGGGUGAUGUGCAAUCCAUCGUAGGCUGAUCAGUCCCAUUUCAACACUGUGAGACUGGAGACACUGGCGGAAAUGGUGAAUGUGAUCCCUAUGAGAUGAUGCUUUGGCUUUGUUAAGAAAUAGAAACGGGUUUGUUAUCUCAGUCUGCAGUACUGCAAAGACUACUAGAUCAUGACUUUUCUUUCUCAGAACCAGGAGUGCCUCAGAGAUUCUGGUGUGACUUUGGACCUCUCUGAGUCUGUGCAAUCAGUUCUGUGGAGGGGAUUGUCAUUGCUGCUCCUGGCUGCCUACAGCACUUUUUCAUUAGAAUAAGAGUAGUUUUUCCUUGCCUGCCCACAGUCUCUCAUCCCAGAAGCUUUAGAUGUUUGACAACUGAGACAUGACUAUUAAUAAGUUGUUUUCCCUCAGAAGGAAAAUUCUAAGAAGAUAAUGUAGGUUACAGUGCACUUUUAGUGGUGUUGUAGCCCUAUGAAACAUUACAUGUCUUCCCCUCCAGGACACAGGGUCAUUCUGGGUAUAAACUAACAUUCAGAUAACACCAUGUUGUUGAAGCAGACUGGCUUGUACAUGGGAGGGAAACACUACUUUCCCAGGAAUUCAUGACUAGCUCUGCUUCAUUUUUGUUGUUGUUAUUCUUGUGAGGUGCUGAUCACUGAAUUGAAAGGUGUAUUCGGGUAAAGAGUAUUUCUCAGGCUGCUUUCUAUGGUAUCAUGGACACCCUGCCCCUCUCAGCUGCUUUCUCAGUGUCCCUGAAGUCAUUUGAAGAAUCUUGUAGUCCAGGCAGACCAUACUAUUAAGGAGCUGUCUCAGUGGUUUGCUAGAAACACUGAAGCUUCAAUGUGAAAUGCUUUCCUAGAAACACCAUUUGUUCAAAGGGAUACUGACAGUGUUUUUCCUGGAAAGAUGGCACUUCAUUGCCUUGGUGUGUGUAAUCUGUUGAGGUGUUUUAAACUAUUGCAAUGGAUUGCCCUACUCCAGAAAAUUUACAACUUACACCGUUGCACCAAGCCUUGAAUGUGUACGACUGGUGUAUGGGCCCUAGCUGGUCCUGUGCUGGCCCUAUGCUAGAGGAUAGCUUGUGGGAGCACAUUUCUUGUUACGUAGGAGAUUGUCAGUCUCUCUCCAUCUCCGUCUCUCUCUUCUUGGAUUGCUAGAGAGAGAAGGGAGAAGUUCAUCCUCUAUCUUAAGUCAUAUAUGAUAUCCUGGAAGUUUACAAAUUGUAAAACCACAGGGAAGAGUUGCAAUCUUCAUGUGGGCACUUUGGUUUCACUGUCACUGUGAAGGAUAAACAUAAGCAGUUGGAAAUAGCAGACUAUUGUCUUUGUUAAAAUCAAGACAAUGACAUGAUGUUGCAUUGCUGGUAGUUAGCUUGGAUCUGGGUUUUUGUUUGGUGGUUUUUUUUCAUUGCUUCUUAAUCUUUAUUUCAAAUAGAAAAACUAUUUUUUAAAAACUUACAUUAAAAUUCAUUUAAGUAUUUAAAGAUUUUUGUUGUGAUUUGACAAAUCACUUUGGUAGACUAGUCUUUGUAUUUUAUAUUCAUAAAGUGAAUUAAAUGGCAUCUGGACUGAUGCAGAAAUUCACUUCUAGAGUAAAUAGAAUUGUCAUCAGUAAAAAAAUUAUACAGUUUCUAAAUUGAAGUUAAUCUUUAUGGACUACCAGUCACACAGAGAUGGAACUAAGGCAAAGUUGAGAUUAGGCUAUGAGGCAUUUUCUGUAAAAAUAUCAAAAGCUGUAUAUUGUUAAACUCUUCUUUAUAAAGUUUUGCUAGUACAGACAUUUGUAAGUGUUGGCUGAAAGUACAAAAUUUAUAUUGUGUAGAGACCACCACAAAGGAAGUUCUAUUAAAGAGUCAUCACUCUAAACUGAAAAGGACCAAAAAAAUUGCUUAAAUCUUUGGGAAAGAAAAGUCAGGACUGUCAGCUAAUUUUAUAAGAAUUACUUUAGCUUAGUAUUUUUAAAAGUAGAGGUGUUCAUUAGUAAGGUUUUCUGCUUUCUACAUUUUCUAUUCUAAGCAUUCCUCCAGAGGGUUUAGAACACUUAAAUUUGCAUCAGGCCAAAUUGUACAAUCUCUCUUUUUUCUUUCCUUUCUUAAAAAAAAUUAAAAAAAUUGUGUGGAGUCUCACACUAUUAAGCUGUUAGAGGAAAGUGAGACAGCUCAGUGACUUCAGACAGGGAAGUCAACUGUACAUACAUAAAUCACAACUUGUUAAAACUACCUUUUAAGAUACUUUUUAUAUAUCUCAUUUUGAUGAUGUGCCUUUUGUUACUGUUGCAUCCAUUGUAUUUUGGUUUGUUCUCGUGUAUGUAUGUGUGUGUGUGUGUAUAUAUAUACACACCCAUAUAUAUACACAUCUGUCCUGUAUAAAGUUUUUUAAAGAGUCCAAAUAUCUUUCUGUUUUUUUUUUUUCUGAUGUGGUACAUUUAUAACUUCUCAAAAUUACCCAUUUAGUGCAAUGUUUCAGUUGUGGGAACUUGUUCUGUCACUUUUCAGACAAGUACUUUUUGACAUCUAUCUUACAAAAUGAGUCAUCACCAAUGUUUACAAAUCAUCUGUAAUCAUAGGCUUUGCCAGUGCUGUACAUCUUGUUUAUCAUUAAUGCUUCUAGAUAUGUCUCAAACUAUGCCAGGGUGCAUUAAGGUUGUAGCAAAACUUUAUAUACUGAAGUUCAGUAUACUUCAAAGUACAAUGGCAGAAAUAAAAUUGGAAGAGUCCAGGAUAUGGGUUGAGGGAAUAAUAUGCUCGCUUCCUGAUAAUAUAUGCUAAGUACUAAACAAAGUAUUAAAUAUGAUUACAUUUUCUGACACUGGUGGCAAAUCUUUAUCCUGAAUUCACUGUACGGUGUCUUCUUUGAGAGCAUUUGAUACUUGAUGUGAGGCAUUAGAUUUAGAUUUCUGGAGUAUUUCAGUGCAACUGCAGCAUUAUCCAAGAAGAUCAAAAAGCAGAACAUCAUUUUUCCAUGUAUACAUGCACAUGCAUGCAUAUACAUGGGAUUUUUAGGUGAGGAAAAGAGGUACUUUAUUUUGAUGUAUAUAUACAUUUAAGUAGGGAUAAAUUAAUUACCCCUCGAUACACUUUUUACCACAUCACAGUAUACUGCUAUUUUGCAACUCAUUUUUGUUGGAAUUUAUAAUUUUAAGAAAAGAUAACAUGUUAGGAUUUGUAACUCCAGCCUGACUAUCCUUUUCAGGGGUUUAUAGAAAGCAGCUUUUUUGGUUGAAUGACGAGCUGUUUUUUUUCAUCCUGCAGGCAGCAAAAGCGACAGCAGUAAAUGUUGCAAAAUUGCAGUUUUAAUUGCUGUAUGAUCGAUUUAGUUUUCAUUUGGAGUCUCUGUAUGUCACUGUCCAUUUUAAAUGCAGAUUUCUUUGAACACCCUUUCUGAUGUGAAUUUGCAAAAGUUUUUAAUGGCAUACUUCAUUCUGUAACACUGAGCAUCAUGUUGCAGCCAGUAAGCAUUAGAUCCUAGUAUUUGUAGUUUGCAAGUGUGUUGGUCUUAAAUGCAUUUCCAACAUGCUUCUGCUAGCUUUAGCAUAGUUAAAAAUACCUGUUUUAACAUCAAAAUAGUGAGAAAAGUUGCUUUCUGACAAAGUAUUUAUUUGCACUACUUACGAAUACUGGAGUUUACUGGGACAGGGUUUUUUCUCACCAUGUGAGGUUUACUUGUGUGUGGGUAGGUACAAACGUUUGUCACAUGUUGACAAUCAAUUGCCUCAACUGUGUGUAUACUGUAUAUAAAUAUGAACAUAUUUUUCAAGAUUAAGGGGGAAACCUGUAUCUUAAUGGUGGCAAAGCUACUCUGUAGAAUGAUGACCCUAUCUCUAAUCCCUUUUUUGUCCCCAGAUACUAUGUGGUUUGUUUUACUUCUCUAAUGAAGAUUAUUAGUAUUCUUGGAAAAAAAUAGCUCCAGGGAAAUUUUCCUCAGUAUUUAAUGUAUAACAUGAUCAGAGAUUUAUAUUUUGAAAAAUUAAUUUUUGAGUAUACAAUUCUAUGCUGUGGCUGUAUUUUAACCUAGGAGUUUGAACUUGGUCUAUUUUAUCAUGAACCAAUGGCUAUCUCUUAAGUGUCCAGUAUUUUAAUUUUGGUCACAAACCAGAAUUUUUGUUCAUUUUGGCUUACAAAUGAAAAUCAAUUUGAAGACUAAGUGAGAACCAAGAAUAAAUUUCUGAGUAAAAUCAUAAAACCCAAGCAGUACAAACUAGGUAUUGUAUUUAUAGUCCUGGAGGAGGUGUGGAGAAUAUAAUGGAACAUGUUUGAAUGAAAUGUAUGUACUGCACACAAAGCAAAAUGAUGAUUCUUGUCUUAAUAAAUCUGAUCUCAUCCUUAAAUUCUGCAACUCUCUCAUUGCCAAAGAUAUUGCUACCUUGGCAUGUUUAAUAUAGCACUAAAGCCAUUAGUUAGGUCUUGUUUGCAACAACUAUUUGCAUCAUAAGAAUAAACACACCCUCUUUUUUAUUUAAAUUUCUUGUUUAGGAUAAUUGCAAGACUAAAGUUGCAAAGUAACCUUUCCUUUCCAACCAUGGUAAUCUCUGUACAAAUCCCCUCUACUUCCAUUGUUGGUUUGUAUCAAAUUGUUCAACAUUCUGUAUUUUCUUUGGUAUUUUAAAUGCUGCUUGUUUCUAGCAUAUGGGCCUUAAUCUCUCCUGAUAAUUCCUUCAGUUUGUUUUCCCACUGACACUUAGAUAAAACUUUGCUGUAGAGAGCUUUUCUGUAGGUGAUUCAGGGUAACAGAUCAUGACAUACAAGGGUACUGUAAUAGUGAAUACAUAUAUCAGUCUGUCAAAAUUUGCAGGUCGUGACUAGAUGAAGAGCCAAAAUAUUAACCUGCCUCUUUCAUGGUGGUGGAAGGUGAUGGAGAGAAUUGUGGGCAACUUGGUUUGUCAGUAGUUCCUGACAGCAAGCAGUAAGUGGAUUUUGCAAGACUGACACAUACAAGGAUUUCCGCAUACUCCUGAUGAAAUGUUGUUUAAAAUAAAACAGAUCUUGGAACAAGGUUUCAAAACACAGCAGCUAACCAUUUCAGACAAACUUGCCUAGUAAGUUUAGGCAAAUGUCAAGGCCUCUGAUAUUAACAGUUCAGAGGGAAGCUGUAGAAGUCAAAGGGUCAAAUUUGUCCCAUGUUGUUUUUCUUUAUUAGAGCAGUAAUGAAAAAAAAAAUUCUUCCAUUCUUUUAUUUUUCUCCAGGGUACCCUCCUCCUCUGGUUUGUUUGUUUAUGGAGGAAGUGUUGUUGUGGUUUUGGUAUUGUUUUGGUGGUUUUCUUCUUUGUUUUUUUCUGACUGUGUUCAUCAGAUUUUACCAGAAGUAGUAUCUGAGUGAACAAAUAAAUUAAAAAUGGGUCCAUAAAUUAUCCCUCCUAUCAUAAAGGAUUAGUAAGGUAUUCCAGAGAAGAGCUGUUGAUGGGAACAGAUGUAUAGUAAAACUUUGUGUCUGUACAGUAAAAUCUUUCUGUACAUUUUACCUUGUGCGUGAUGAGCAAAGUGAAGAGAUCAAGUUGUAUUAAUCAAUUAUUGGGUUGUGAGCUCCCAGUGGAGAACUCCCAUAAAACAGUUUAAAUAUUGACUCUUGAAAAGAUGAUUAAUAACUCAUUAAAAUGUGGCAUAGAAUUCACACAGGGUUUUUGGGUUAGAGGGUAAAAUGGUCAGGGGAGAUAACUGUUCAGGAGUCUCUCCUAGUAAAGUGAUUUUAUGGUGCUUUGUCAUGGAAACUUCCUUACAAAUCGGUAGUGGAUCCCAUGUGUUUGAGUCCUCCCCAGAGGAGAAUCACAGAGCUAAUUACAAAAAAGUAAAAGUAUGAAUGAAGCAACAUUUAACCUUUUGUUCUAAAAUAUGGAGGCCUUGGGAGUGACAGAACAGUAUCAAUAGUCAGUAUUUCUUUCUGUUCAGACAGUUACUGUUGUGCUAGACUUUCAUGCUGUUAGUUUAUGAAAAAUGCAAGUAGUAGAAACUUUGCAGCUUCAAGUAUACAGUAGAUGUGAGUUAACAAUCACUCAGGAUAAACCAACUUGUCAAAGUAUUAAUAGAUUUCUAGUACUGGAGUGUGUCUGUGUGUUUUUGUGUGGCCGUGUUCAAUGAUUACUUUGAAACAAGACUUCUUGUUGUUUUCUUGCAGAUAAUAACUACUUACAGGAUGGGUAUUACUAGUUGGUUACUUAUGGGAGAAUACUAUAUGAUUAAAUAAAAUUGAGUCAUUUAACAUUUUUGUCCAUAUCAAAGAUUCCAGGAGAAAGCUAAUAAUUUUUUAAAAUAAUUAAAUCAGAUGCUCUGAAUGCAUUUUAGAUUUACUGCAGUGACUUUUAUUUCCUAUUAAAGAAACUCUGACAACUAAAUUGAGGUACCCUAUGCUGCAUUUAAAAAAAAUUCUAAUUCCUGUACUUUACAGUGAACCUUGUGAUCUGCUUUUGUCCUUGCAAGAACACAGGAUAUGCCAUCAAUUUUCCUAGCAAAAAGAAACAUUCUGCAAGGGUUAAAAUGUUAUUUACUUUUUUUUCUGUCAUACCAGGUUUGUUUCUCUGAACUAAGGUUUCUGAGGAUUUUUACUACUUCAGCAUUAUGUAAUCUUAUCUCUGUCAUAGAGGAAGCAUAAGCAGCAAGUAGCCUACUUCUUGUGGGACAAAUAGGCUAGGUGAAAGGACAUGGAAUCAAUGGUGUGAGCAGGUCUUGAGCAGGGUAGCCUUGCUUGCUGGUAUCAGCCUCAGAUGUUCAAGAUUUGGUACUGGUGAAGGACUAAACCAAACAGGAUUUUAAUAACCGUGACCUCUGCUGUAUGAUGUCCUUUAACCUGGGACCAGGGAAAAUCUUCAUUCUUGGACCUGAAGAUGGCACGUAUUGAAGAUCAUGUUAUUGAUGCAUGUAAGCCAUUAUUUAACUGUCUUACUGAGCUGGUAAUGCUGUUGAUUGUUGUUGAAAUGUGAAAUGUAGUUAGUAUUGACUUUGUAAAUAUCUGCCAGAGACGAAGUAUAAUUAUUUUGAAUCAUUGUAAAUAGAGAUGUAUAAAACUCGACACAAUCUGCAAUGCAGAAAAAAAAGUAUAUAAAGAUGUUAAAUAAAUAUUGUGCUGUUUCUGAGCAAGAAUGAA